AUGCAUAAAGCACACAAGGCGACCUUAAACAACCCAUCAUCCACAUCACUCAAGCAACAGUGGCAGGUAGCUCGAAGGGAAACCCAAAAACCUUGCGGACACUGCAAAAUCAAUGGUGGAAAGGUAAGGCCCAUGAAAAACAAAUGUAUGCAGAUAAAAAUGACGAACAAUUUCUACAAUUCUACAAAAAACAUCUAUGGUCCCAAAAACUGCUCAGUUACACCACUGAAAACUGCAGAUGGCCUCACACUCUUGAAGGACCAAAACUGGAUCCUGCUGAGAUGGGCUGAACAUUUCGAUGCCCUACUCAACCAACACUCUUCUACAGACCAAACCAUUCUGGAAGAACUACCUGAACAUCCAACCAUUAAUGACCUCAGUCAGCCACCAACCUUUAUGGAGGUUCGAGCAGCUGUUCAUGCAUUAAAGAACAACAAGUCUCCUGGCAUUGACAACAUCCCAGCUGAACUCCUGAAGGAGGGAGGGUACCUCUGCACCAGGGCGCUCCAUCAGUGCAUACUGAGGGCCUGGGAAGAUGAGUGCAUCCCCCAACAGUGGAGGGAUACGAAUAUUGUCGUCAUCUACAAGAACGAGGGCGACAAGUCAAUCUGUGGCAACAGCAGGGGAAUCUCAUUGCUCUCCACUGCUGGCAAGGUACUGGCCAAGGUGAUGUUGCAGAGGCUCAUUAAUACCAUCACAGAGAAAAUACUGCCUGAGUCACAGUGCAGCUUUCAGAAGAACAGGAGUACAGUCAACAUGAUAUUUACAACACGACAACUCCAGGAGACACCAAGACCUAUUUAUGGCCUUUAUCGACCUCUCCAAGGCCUUUGACACUGUCAACAGGGAGCUCCUAUGGAGCGUGCUUACCAAGUUUGGCUGCCCAGCUAAGUUUGUCAGCAUCCUCCGUCAAUUCCAUGAGGGAUGAUGGCUCCUGUUACCAUUGGAGGACAAGAGUCUGAAUCUUUCCCUGUACGCACAGGGGUAAGACAGGGGUGUGUGCUGGCACCUGUGCUCUUUAAUGUCUUCCUCCUGUGUGUCACCCAUCUUCUUCAUAAGGAGCUUGAGCAUAGCAGUGGCGUUGCAGUGGAUUUUAGACGGGACGGAAAUCUUUAACAUCCAGAGGCUACAAGCAAAAACUAAGCUAUCCAGAGAGCGGGUCCUGGAGCUGCAGUAUGCAGUUAACUGUGCUCUUGUGGCUCACUCUCCACAGGACCUUCAGUCCAUCCUUGCUGUGAUUGUUAAGGCCUACAGCAGGAUGGGGCUGUCUGUCAACACCACCAAGACAGAAGUGGUCUGCCAAUGGAGCUCCAGUACACCACACACACUGCCCAGCUUCACCAUUGACAACACACCACUAGCAAUAACCCCAUCGUUUAAAUACCUGGGCAGUAUUCACUCUGAGGACGGCAGCAUUGACAGUGAAAUCCAAAACCGGAUCAAGCAGGCAUCAGCUGCUUUCGGGCUGUCUGCAUCACCACCCUCCUCUACAGCUGUGAAGCAUGGACCACAUACAGCCGACACAUCAAGGCCCUGGAGCGCCUCCAGCGGAUCCUGGGCCUCACCUGGCGUGAUCAUGUGCCUCAGACCAAAGUACUUGCCAAGACCAACUGCAGGAGUAUUGAGGCCAUGA